AUGUCGUCGCCUAUCUUGUCUGAAUCCCAUCCUCCUUCGAUUUACGAUCUCUCGCCUCCACACGGCGCUAUCACGGAGAGUGACCAUGGAGGCUAUGUCGUCAUUGCCGGCUGGAUAAUGAUGUGCUUCUUCUCAUUAUCCGUUCUCACUCGAUUAAUGACUAGGUUCAUACCUGUUCGCGUGUAUGGUUCGGACGACAUAAUCAUAGCAAUUGCAAUGGUAAUUGGUAUUGCUCAGACCGCAGCGAUACAUGUUUCGGCAUCAAAUGGGCUAGGACGGCAUAUUCACACGCUCUCUUACGACUCUUAUGAGAUAUUCGCUAAGGCUUAUUAUGCUUCCGACCUGCUCUUCCUAGUCACGAUCUAUCUCGCCAAAGUCUCACUGGUUGUCUUCAUUAUGCGACUUACACCAUCCCACAAUAUCCUCUACUUCUGCUACGGCUUCAUCACAAUACUCACAAUGUGGAUGCUUGCUUCUGUUUUUUCGCUAGCCUUUCAAUGCUCCCUCCCUCAGCCUUGGGACUCGAUGCAACUUCACCUGGCCACUUGCGAGGUGAACAUUGCAGGAUUAUACUACUCGAUUGGAGCUGUCGAUAUUUUGUCCGACAUAGUCAUCAUUGUUACGCCCACAAUCAUUGUGUGGAACGUUCAGAUUUCUCGCGCUCAACGGUUCACUGUUAUUGGUGUCUUCGGCAGUCGUCUUGCAGUGUGUACGUGCUCUGCCCUCCUUCUAGCGUCAAUUCCAGAAUUCAUCAAGUCAUCGGAUCGCAGCUGGGAAGCCGUCACGCCCCAGAUAUGGAGACAAGUCGUCCAAUGUCUUUCACUCAUUACUGCCUGCAUACCCUGUUUGCGCCCUUUCCUGGCAUCACUCGAAUCCGGCUUCAUUGACUCAAGUAUGCGCGGCGUCAUUGGCAAAACUUAUGGGGGAGGUUCAGGACACGAUACCGGCGACAGGAAGGGACCGAGCUCCUUUGCAAUGACUUCUUUUGCCACGCGGGGUCGCAGGGCCACCACCGCCAACGGUACUCUGGGAAAGAACUCCGAGAUUGAGACGAAUACUUUGAUUGAUCUCGAACGAAAUGGAAAUUCCAAAAGAUCAUUAUUAUCACCGAAAUCCGCCGCGACCGAGGUGCACGAGCCAUCUGGGGCACCCAAAAGGAACGGUACCCUACGCUUUGGCCACCAAACGUGUACAUGCAGUCAAGUCCCAUCAACGACAACGAUAACAUCCAACAGCCGCAGAGACUCUAAAAAUUUAGACACAUUCCAGGGUCGAAGAGCAGGGAAGGUCGAGUCAACUGAAGUACCGCCUUCACGGAACUCCGGCGGCCUUGACGACUACAUGCAGCCGGUGAGGAUGGGCGAUGGUCGCAUAAGAGAGACUCGAGAGGUCUUGGUUUCGAUUGAGCACUCAGGCUCGCAUCUCGUGGACGGUUUCCGUUGUGCUCAUGGCCCAGGCGCUUGUUCGAAUCAAGCUAUCGAAGCGCAGUUCAUGCAGGAACAUUCAACCUCUUGCUCAUCAUACCCAAAGGUGGAGGCAGCGUUUCCAACACCAGCACAGUCCACCCCUCGCACCUCCUGUUUCCGGUGA